AUGGCCCCAGAUCCUCGCAUGCCGGGGCCGGCCCGUGCCGCCGCUUGCAACCUUGACUUGCUUUCUGAUGCAGCUUUGGCCAGCGAAGUUAAUCCUAUGCAACAGCCCAUGAUGGCGGAUAUGGGACGGCCGCCCUCGGAGCAUGCGAGGAUCAAGUCUUAUGAUGAGCAAAUGGGGUACGCUGAUCGCCCUCGAGAGGACCCGAACGUGCUGGCCCCUGGGUUCGCUCCUCAGCCGCCUGUUGCACCUUACGACGACUAUCACAUCUUCCUCGACGACCUCGGAACUUCUUCCUACUUACCACCUCCAUUUGAAUCCGACCAGCAGAUCGGCGGUCUUUGGCCGCGAGGUGAUCUGCAUCAGCGGGGGCCUUCUAAGCCUUCGUCGCAGUUUCCCUCGCGUUUCCCCUCGGUCCAGCCGGAUGGCCGAGAGAUCAUGGAAGGCGGUCCGCGGAGCCACGAGGAGUCGAUGAGAGCGCCGCUCAGGAUCUCAGCUGCCGACCACACAAUUAUAAAGAACAGGCUUGAGGAGUUCUCAUCCGUUAUUCCUAAUGACUUCGUCUUCCCGUCACGCCAUACCCUUACGCGCUUCUUGGAGGGAUACAUCAGCGGCUUCCACGAGUACCUCCCAUUCCUCCACAUCCCGACAUUGACGCCUGCGGAGAUGGCACCUGAGCUUCUCCUAGCUAUCCUUGCUGUAGGCGCGCAGUACCGCUUCGAGAGCCACAGGGGCCACGCGCUGUGGUACGCCGCCAAAGCCGUGGCUCUGGAGCAGAUUCGACGAAGGCAUAGUCAUGAAGUGCACGCUCUGCUUCCGACCCCUGCAGCGUACAGCCCGCACUCGACGCGGCCAUCCCCGAGCUCUGGCUUCAGGCAUACCUUUGCCUCGGCGCAACAAGAUCGGCCAAUGACACAAGACACUCAUCGUGAACCUUUUUCGCCGAAUACCCCGCAAGCACGGCUUGAAACGAUACAAGCAGUGCUUCUCCUCUUUGCUGUUGGGCUUUGGGGAGCAAAGGCGAUUCUUCACGAAGCCCUCUCUCUUCAGAGCCAGCUCGCCAUGCUAGUACGCGAAGAAGGUUUGGUUGCCGAAUCCAGCCCUGCCGUGGCACCAGACUGGGAGACGUGGAUUCGACUGGAGGGAGCGACUCGUACGAAGCUCAUUGCCUACUGCUUCUUCAACCUUUGCAGUAUAGCCUACAACAUGCCGCCGCUCAUCUUGACGUCAGAACUCAACCUGUUCCUCCCGUUCCCAUCUCGGUUGUGGAGAGCGGAAUCAGCAUGGCAAUGGCAAGAAGUUCGACAGGCGUACCCUUCUGUCGAGAUUACCGUGCACGACGCCUUCGCUAGGCUAUUUGGUCGAUCACCGCAGGGUCUACCCCCACACAUGUCAUCCCUUGGCAACUACGUUCUUAUCCACGCCCUGCUCCAGCACGUCUACCUGCUCAAGCAGACUUCACUCGCGCUUAGCUCACCCUUCGAGCCCCAGAGAGGGUUGAAGCCGGAGGACGUGGAGGAGGUUACUCAGGCCUUGCGAGUGUGGCAAUCCAGCUUCGAACACCGGCACCAACUGCGUGCAGCUGAAUCUGGACACAUGGGCAGUAGCGAAUCUUUCCAAGGAGGGCAGGUGGCUUUCAACUCCACAGCUCUGUUGCGGCUGGCGUAUAUGCGGCUGUACACAGAGAUUCCCCCAGGCAGAUGCCUCGAAACCCGGGACCAUAUGCUGGUGGCCUCGUCUCUGAGCAACAUGCCGCUCUUGUUCCGGACUGGGCGGUUGCAUAGAGCGGUAUUCCAGGCGAUCCAUGCUCUGUCCAUGCUUGUCAAGGCUGGUGUAAACUACGUUGCAAGGACGAAAUCUCUGGAAUGGAGCAUACAGCACUCAUUGUGUAACUUUGAAUGCGCCAUUCUUUUGUCCAAGUGGCUACUCACCCUCGCAUCGAUCGGACCGAAUGACCCCCCUGCGACAGCCGAAGAAAAGAACUUGCUGCAGUCGGUCAGGAGAAUGCUGGACGAGACCGAGUUUGCCGUGCCAAUUGAUCCUUCCCUGGGUGGGCCUGCGGCUGGACAGCCCGCGAGCACCGAGAUCUCUGCGAAUGACAGCACGCGGCUGCGGCAAUUGGCGGCUGCAGUCAUCCGACUCUGGGCGGAAACUUUCAAGGGCUCACACAUCUUCGAGAUGGUCCGAGUGAUGGGAUCGAGCUUGGAUGGAUACGCCGAUUUGGUCGAGAAGCCACGCGACAGGACACCUCUUGGGCGGAUUGCGCAUGAUCCCAGUCUGGCGUGA